AUGCUGGUCUUACUCAUGGAAACCAAUAGUCAUCCUACGAUAUCCUCCCGGGCGCUUCCAUCCGCAGAGUCAGCAACGUUUCUUGAGUCCUCAUUCUUCUCACGCAAUGGCGCUCAGGCUGCGUUGCCGUCACCCGCCAAUGUACGUGAGCAGAGUGCGAUACAAGGCCCUGCAUCACAGGCCAGAAGAGACUAUGGUUUCAAGCCGGUUCGCUACGAGCAUCUGGGCUUAAUUGUCAAGUACGGACGUGCUCCAGAGGUGACCAUUGCUGAGGGCCAGCUACUCUGGGCGGUCCGCCGGACCUUGCCCAUGGUGCCUGCCCCUGAAGUGUACAGAUGGGCUCACGAUAAGGGUCAAGUCUUCAUCUAUAUGGAGCUGAUAAAGGGGGUUACGCUGAACAGCGGUGGGGCUCUCUAG